AUGGAGACUUCAGGAUCCUUCUCCCAAUCUCAAGACAACAGUCGAGUCCACAGAGAAACAGAAGAUCUAAACUAUGCAGAGACAGAGUUCCGCAAGCAAGAUGAGAAGGCCGGACUCGCAUCCCAAAAACAAUAUGAGAGAGACAAAUCUUCCUCCUCCUCUUCUUCAUCCUCCUCCUCCUCCUCCUCAGCUUGUUAUUUCUUCCCUGCAGAGAGCGGUGAUGAGGACAAGCACCCCAAAGUAACUGGAAAACGUCGACGGAGCCUGGGGGCCAGACGCUCCCACAGUGGCGGCUCACCCGGUGCUGCACAAGGGGAGCCUGACGUUUUGAAGGAUGAACUUCAACUCUAUGGAGAUGCCCCUGGAGAUUUGGUGCCCUCUGGAGAAGCAGGACUCCGGAGGAGAGGCUCUGACCCAGCAAGUGGAGAAGUGGAGACCUCUCAGUUAAGAAGGCAGAACAUAAAGAAAGACGAUGAGUUUUUCCAUUUCGUCCUCCUGUGCUUUGCCAUCGGGGCCUUGCUGGUGUGUUACCACUAUUACUCAGACUGGUUCAUGUCCCUUGGGGUCGGCCUGCUCACCUUCGCCUCCCUGGAGACGGUCGGCAUCUACUUCGGGCUGGUGUACCGCAUCCACAGCGUCCUGCACGGCUUCAUCCCCCUCUUCCAGAAGUUCAGGCUGAUGGGGUUCAGGAAGACCAACUGAGGCCACUGCCAGGUGGGCAGCCGCGCGAGGCCCCGGU